AACCCCAAGGUGAGGAGCGGGGACAGGAACGGGGACGGCAGGGAGGACACAGCCCUGUGCUGCUGGGUUGGGGCUGGGAACAGGGGAAAGACAGCCCUGAAUCUGCUCCCCACCAUGCAGCCUCGCCUGCUCCUUGUCCUGACCUUGCUGGGCAUGGUCUCUGCCCUCUGCCCUGGCCCCUGGCACGCCAUGGAGGUACCUGAAUGCAGAGAGGGCAGCGGGAGGUGCUUCGCGGUGGUGAAGGCACGGCGCACCUACAGGGCUGCUCAGUGCUACUGCCGGAAAGUAUACAAGGGACAGCUGGCCUCGGUGCACAGCACAGCCACUAACGAACAGCUGAGGAAGCUGGCAGCCACCUACACCUACUGCAGCCUCUGGAUCGGGGCUGUCACCACCUGCAAGGGUGGGUCGUGGAAGACAUCCUGGCAGGACCUGAGCUCCUGGAACUAUGCAAACUGGGCCAUCGGGCAGCCCUGCAGACGGUUCAGAACCUGCACCGUGCUCAGUCCCAAAGAUGGGCUUUGGAGAAGUAGAGCCUGCUUCCUGCUGCGCCCCUUCAUCUGUCAGUACUGAGACUGCCCGGCGGCCCUGCCAUGGCUCCCCAGUACCCAGGAACCCGCAGUGGCCCAUGUCACUAUCCCAUUAAAGUGCCCCAUGAACUGC